GAAAGGUUCUACCUUGCCAGGGGGGACUUUGAGGCAUACAACUACCAACUGUUACCAGCUGACUCUGAGAAGAAAAAGAUGAAUUUGCCCAUAGUGAAGGAAAAGGAGAAACACACUCUGUGACGAAUGGAGAUCGGGUAAUAGACGCUGCUGUGACUUUAUUACGAGGGGUGGAAGGAGAGGGAACAAUGUUGUAGAGGAGAAAUUUUGUGGAAAGAACAGAGCAGCCCACCAUUCACAGAUCCAGCCCGGGUGCAGUCUAAUGCUUCAGGCGUGACAGUCUGCAUUCCAGUCGCUCCUGUUGGACCCUGCUGAGGAGCCGACUCAAUAUGCAAUCCGCUGCGGACAACCGUUAAACGGCGAAGACGAGCCAGCAGCAUCCGACAAAGACGCACGCGCGUGUGUGUGUGUGUGUGUGUGUGUGUGGGUGCGUGCGUGUGUGUGUGUCUGGGUGGUGGGGGCUCUUGAGUGCGUGUUUGUGUCACCAUGAGUCUUGUCUCGGGCUUCCCUCACCACCCGGUCAUGCACCAUCACGACAGCCAUCACUAUUCCUUGCAUGCUGCGACUGCUAGUCGAUGUCACGAGGACUCCGGAGCUCCUCCUUACUUCACGAGCUGGCUGAUAAGCCACGCGGAUAUGUCUCCAAAUGAUUAUAGCCUUGCGCCCGGCUACAGUCCAGAGUACCAUGGCAAUAACAGCGGCGGGUCCACUGGCGGCCUUGACCCCCACCAUCAUCAUCACCACCACUAUGGGCCUGGCACUUUGGUUCCGGGGGCCGGAACCCUUUCAGUUAACGGAGCUACGGUCGGUAUGCACCUCCACCACCACACACAUCCUCGGACUGUGAAGCGGAGACCUACGGCCAACCGUAAAGAGAGGCGGCGGACCCAGAGCAUUAACUCGGCCUAUGCGGAGCUGAGAGAGUGUAUUCCCAACGUCCCGGCAGACACCAAGCUGUCCAAGAUCAAGACACUGCGGCUGGCUACCAGCUACAUCUCUUACCUGAUGGACAUCCUGGACAAGGACGGACAGCACGGAGAAACACAGGCUUUCAAGGCCGAGCUGAAAAAGUCGGAGGUUAGGGAGGAGCGGAAGAAGAGAGAGGCGGUGGAGAUCCCAAAGACGACUUCAUCGUCAUCAUCACCAUCAUCAUCGUCCUCGUCGUUGUUCUCCUCCUCAGCGGGUGAUAAGAAGAGUAAAGGACGCACAGGGUGGCCUCAACAUGUCUGGGCUCUGGAACUCAAACAGUAGCACUCUUGUGUCCACCAUCUCUUCCCUCAGAGAGUGUGACAGCAUCGACCCGAUCUGUAAUGCAGCCAUUGUCGUCUCAGCCUCACACAGAGCCGCUGUACAAACUUGUAGCCUAAAGCUCCAUUUCCUUCAUUUCGAUGAGUCCCCGAAGACGAUGGCUUGCUUAAUGGGUAGAGAUCACUCCCCUACAUUCAUUAGCAGAGACCUCUUGUGCUGUGUAAAGGUUUAACUUUGAACCAUCAUUUCCUCGACAGAAAAAACUCCCAUGAAUCACAUAUUCUUUGUUCUUUUUUUUAAUGAAGAAUUUAAGAGAAAACAGUAACACAAACGUAUAAUUAAAAUCUACACUUGAUGUGGAAAAUGUCAACCACCACUUUCUAGUGAUUCAAUCUGUUUGAUGUCAGUGGAAGGAUAAUUGAAAAUACAAUAAAUGUCUGUGGGCUUGAGCUAAAGAGCAUAUGUGCAUUAGAGGCAGAUCAGUGGGGUUAAAUAACAUACUAACUAUUAAUAGUGUAUAUUUGACCUCAUAAAUCAAUAGGGUUAACUCUUACAAUCGUCGCGCCUCUGCCGCGUCUAACUUAACCAGUUUUGCGAAAAAUGUUGUCGCUUUUAGCUUCUCGAAAACCUCAUAAAAUAAUUUACUAUUGUGUGCGGCAAAGAAUUUUCUUCUGAUGCAAAACAGAAUGCGCUGGGGAUAGGCCAAACAAUCUCUCUCUCUCUCUCUCUCUCUCUCUCUCUCUCUCUCUCUCUCUCUCUCUCUCUCUCUCUCUCUCUCUCUCUCUCUCUCGCUCUCUCUCUCUCUCUCUCUCGCUCUCUCUCUCUCGCUCUCUCGCCCUCUCUCUCUCUCUCUCUCAUCUUCAAACAGCCACCCACACACACACACACCGGGUGUUGACGCGCCCUUUGAUGUACUUGAUUGAAUAGAUUUGCAUGUGCAAUUGGACCGAUGGCCACAACAGCCUCUUAGUGACAGCGGAUAUUUACUGUUCCUCUUAUUGCACCACAAGGUAGGCUUAUGUGAAAUUCUCCUUCUAUGUUUCCUCUAAUAACUUUAAAUUGUAAAAGUGGUGACGUCACAGUAAUGCAAAAGUGUCCAUGUUGUGAUGUGGAAAAUGUGGUAGGACACUUCUAGUGUGGGAUGUAAACAGUGUCAUAAAUUGAAUAAACCACCACCUGCUUAUAGUAACUGGUGCAAAAUGGGUUUCUUUCUUACGUUUAGGUGGUCAAUGACUGAUUCAGAAAUAAAACGGGCUCUACUGAAGAAGUAAAAGACAUCAUCUUUAAAAUUUGUCCUCACAUUCAAAAAGGUAUAAAUCUAUUAAAAUUGGAAGAUGAAUUCUA